CACAAACAGGAAGUCUCUGCCACUCUCUCUGUUACGCAGUUUCACAGAAACGAAACCUGACUCAAUCUCUUUCACAAAAACAAAACUCAGCUCAGUGUCAGAAAGCCACAGAAAAACUCUGUCUCUGUCAGUGUGAGCAGUGAAAUGGCUGAGGCCAAUAUCUCUGUGGAUCAGGACCAGUUCAGCUGUUCAAUCUGUCUGGAUAUACUGAAGGAUCCAGUGACUAUUCACUGUGGACACAGUUACUGUAUGGGCUGUAUUAAGGACUGCUGGGAUCAGGAUGAUCAUAUUGGUGUCUACAGCUGUCCCCAGUGCAGACAGACCUUCACCCCAAGGCCUGUUCUGGGCAGAAACACCAUGCUGGCUGAAGUGGUGGAGAAACUGAAGAAGACAGGACUCCAAGCUGCUCCUCCUGCUCACUGUUACGCUGGACCUGGAGACGUGGCGUGUGAUUUCUGCACUGGGAGAAAGCACAAAGCCAUCAAGUCCUGUCUGGUGUGUCUGGCAUCUUACUGUGAAAUUCACCUCCAGCCUCACUAUGAAUCUCCUGCCUUUAAAAAACACAAACUGGUCAAAGCCACUGGAAACCUGCAGGAGAAGAUCUGCUCUAAUCAUGACAAACUGUUGGAAGUGUUCUGUCGUACUGAUCAGCAGUGUAUCUGUAUGCUGUGUGUGAUGGAUGAACACAGUGGCCAUAAAACAGUCUCAGCUGCAGCAGAAAGGACAGAGAAACAGAAGCAGCUGGGGGUGACACGGAGUAAGUUCCAGCAGGGAAUCCAGGAGAGAGAGAAGGAGCUGCAGGAUCUGAGACAGACUGUGCAGUCACUCAAGCGCUCUGCACAGACAGCAGUGGAGGACAGUGAGAGGAUCUUUACUGAGCUGAUCCGCUCCAUUGAGAGAAGGCGCUCUGAGGUGAAAGAGCUGAUCAGAGAUCAGGAGAAGGCUGAAGUGAGUCGGGCUGAAGGACUCCUGGAGCGACUGGAGCAGGAGAUUGCUGAGCUGAGGAGGAGAGAGGCUGAGCUGGAGCAGCUUUCACACACGGAGGAUCACAUCCAUUUCCUCCAGAGCUGCCAGUCCCUCUGUGCCCCUCCUGGACCUGGAGACCCUCCCAGCAUCACUGUCAGUCCAAACGUCUCUUUUGAGGCUGUGAGGAAAUCUGUCUCUGAACUGAAAGAGCGACUGGAGGAUGUUUUCAAGGCGGAGUUCAAAGUUUCUGGAAGAGUGGAAGAAGUCUCUGUUCUAGAGCCCCAGACCAGACAGGACUUCUUACAAUAUGGCUGUCAGCUCACACUGGACCCCAACACAGCGCACAGAACCCUCCGUCUGUCUGAGGGGAACAGAGAGGUGACCCAUGUGAGAGAGAUCCAGUCAUAUCCUGAUCAUCCAGAGAGAUUUGAGCGCUGGGCCCAAGUGCUGUGCAGAGAGGGUGUGUCUGGACGCUGUUACUGGGAGGCUGAGAGGAGUGGGGGUGGGGUUUCUAUAGCAGUGUCAUAUAAAGAGAUCAGGAGGAAAGGAGAGGGUAAUGACUGUGUAAUGGGACGUAAUAAUAAGUCCUGGAGGUUGCGCUGCUCUCCCUCCAGUUACUCUUUCUGGCACAAUAAUAAGAGCACUGAAAUCCCUGUUCCCUCCUCCUCCAGAAUAGGAGUGUACCUGGAUCACAGGGCAGGAACUCUGUCCUUCUACAGCGUCUCUGACACAAUGACCCUCCUGCACAGAGUCCAGACCACAUUCACUCAGCCCCUCUAUCCUGGGUUUUGGGUUGGUUCUGGAUCCUCUGUAAAACUGUGUGAUCUGGGAUGAGGCAGAGAGUGAAGGGAAGAUCAGCUGUAAUUAAAAAGAGGGAAAAAUACUGAAUAUGAAAUAAUAUCAUUGCAUUUAUGAAAAAGGCUGUGCUUUGUUCACACAUUGUGGUGACCCUCUGGUAGAGAGAGAGAGAGAGAGAGAGAAUAGGUGAACAAAAAAUUAUAUAUAUUUUUUUCAUAAGUGGCUUCAGGGCACAUCUCAAUAGUCCAGAACAAAAAAAUUUUCCUUUUUCAAAAAUAGGAAUAAAAUUAAGUGGCCAAAAAAUUAGGAACACCGGAAAGAAAGAAAAAGAACAAAAAAGUGGAAUUCACGUGACCGCGUUCGUCCGUGGUUAUCAGUGGCAGGCCGUCCAAUCGGCUCCUUUCCCUGGGAAGUCCCCCUUCUCCGCCUUGUGGCCCGUCUCUCGUUAGGGAUCCUCACACGCACUGGCUCCGGGUCUCUCCUCCUCUGUCAUGAGCCCCGCUCUGUUCUCCAGCGCGGCUUUUUGUGGGGCGUCUCUCUCUUUCUCCAACUCGGCCCAGCCGCGCCUGUCCAAUCAGAAAUGAUGAGGAGUGAGUGUUGGCGUUCCCCACGCGCCUCUCCCCGGUGGUGCUGACUCUCCCCCCGGCUCUCUCCAAGGUGCCACUCUGUUAAAUACCAUAUUGGGAAAUAUACGUUGUUCAUUACUUUCCCAGCUCUUGGCGCUGGCGCACGGGUCGUUCCGCUCCAGCGAUCCCCGAUCGGGCCACACCAUGGUAACCAGGUCUGAUGGGUUCUUUGUUCUGUAAAUCGUGUGGAAAAGGUUUGGCUGAUGCCAAUAAAGCCAUUUGAAUUUGAGAGAGGGAGAGGGAGAGAGACAGAGGGAGAGAUGGGGAGAGAGAGAAGGAGAUA